UUUCCCGCUCAUCUCCCCUCUCUCUCUCGCUCUCUCUCUCUCUCUCUCCCGCGCCCCAGCCCCCGCCCCCGCCCGGGUGGAGCCGCCAUGGGCGAGGAGGCUGUUUCCAACCGCCGCCGCUCGGCCCCUCGCUCCGCGCGAUAACCCCGCGGCGCCCGCGCCCUUUGACCUCCGAGGUGAGAGGUGACGCCGCCAUUUCGCCAGGCGGGAGAGUUGAGUGCGAGGAAGUCGGUGGCCGAGAGACUCGGCGGCUGCUCGCUGCCCCGCUCUGCCCCUCCCGCAAGGAGAUGUCCUCCUUCUCGGAAUCCGCGCUGGAGAAGAAGCUGGCCGAGCUCAGUAACUCUCAGCAGAGCGUGCAGACUCUGUCGCUCUGGCUCAUCCAUCAUCGGAAGCACGCCGGCAUUAUCGUGCACGUCUGGCACCGGGAGCUGAAGAUAGCUAAACCAAGCAGGAAAUUGACAUUCAUCUAUCUGGCUAAUGAUGUUAUUCAGAACAGUAAGAGGAAAGGUCCUGAAUUCACCAAGGCCUUUGAAGGAGUUCUAGUGGAUGCAUUUUCACAUGUUGCCAGAGAAUCUGAGCAAAGCUGUAAGAAGCAAAUGGAACGAGUUCUGAACAUAUGGCAAGAAAGAGUUGUUUAUGAACCUGACUUUAUUCAGCAACUUAAGUUAACUGUGGAUGAGUCCAGCAGUCCAGUUUCUGUAGACAAUGCUGGUUCUAAAGUCGCACACGGUCAUCCACCAUCUUGCCCAUCAUCCCGUGAAAGGCAGUCUCAAUCUAACAGAGUUCGUAAUAUUGAGAUUGUGAAAGGUCAUGAAUCAGCAACAUCUGACUCUACAUCCAGCAUCUCGUCUGAGGCCAGAUAUAUAGGAGAAGAGAAGCGAGCACCAAAACGUACCUAUCCCAUUGUUGAAGAUGAAGAAGAUGAUGAUUACAGAGUGAAUUUUUCCCCUAUUGAUACUGGCACAAGUCCAAUGUUGACUGAAAAUCUGAUUAAAGCUUUACAAGACUUGGAAAAUGCAGCAUCUGGGGAUGCAACUGUUCGUCAGAAGAUUGCAUCAUUACCUCAAGAAGUGCAAGACGUUUCACUCCUGGAGAACAUUGCAGAUAAAGCAGCUGCGGAAAGACUAUCAAAAAUCGUUGAUGAGGCUUGUUUGCUGUUAGCUGAGUAUAAUGGGCGUCUAGCAGCAGAACUGGAUGACCGACGGCAACUGGCAAGAAUGCUGACUGAAUACAUCAAUAGUCAGAAGGAGAUCCUGGGAGAGAAAGAGAAAAAGCUAGCGGAAUAUAAGCAGAAAUUGGCUCAAGUUACACAAGUUCGGAAGGAGCUGAAGUCUCAUAUCCAGAACUUGCCAGACUUAUCAUUGCUUCCAAAUGUUACUGGUGGUUUAGCACCACUGCCUUCUGCUGGUGACCUUUUCUCCAGUGACUGAACCUGUACAUUUGUCUCGAGUGUCAAACCACAAUACCUCCACUGUGUGCAACGUUUUGAUGGAGUGGACCUGGGAUAUACAACAGAACUAAAUCAGCAAGGCCAAACUUUUAAGGCACCUGUGUGCAAAAUGCAUUAGAGCUGUAGUAACCCUAACGUGAUGGCUUACAGCAGAUUGAAGAAUAUGGAGGAAAAUAAACACUAUUCAAAGUCACUGCUGUUCAUCUACAAGUUCCAAACACACUUCAAGUCUAAGAACAGGGAUGAUGGAAGCUCUAAUCAGGAUGUCAGGUGACAUCUAUUGCGAUAAUGUGAACCAAAUAAACAACAUAAGCUGUUUGCAUGAGUCCAUAGUACAGAACCUCCUUAUUUUAUCAAGCUUUAAUAUUUCAGGAAAUUGUUGGUAGUGAUGAUUGUGCAGCAUUGCUGGUUGCUUCUAUGCAUUUCUUAAUUGCAUCGAAAUGUGACAUGUUAAAUGCGAAUUUCACCUGAUUUACCAAUCACUUUGCCCUUUUAAGCAAAAUCAUUUACAUUUUUUUUGUGAAUGUCCCUCCAAUUAUAUGGAAACUCAAACUUUAACCAUGACUACUAGAUAACCUGCAAGUUUCUAACAUUCUGCUGGUGCUUUCAAAAAGCUACUCCUUCCAGUUUACAUUGAGAGCACAAACCCUUUCAUAUUUAAUUCAAACAUUGGCUAUUCAUAAAGAAAAUGCCAUUUCAUUGUUGAAAGUGUGACUACCAGUACAGGAUGAAGAAUUAUUUCAAGGCUUUCCCACUGGGGCUUUCAAUAAACCUGACAAUACUGCUAUGUCUUCAGUGACACAUUCUGACAGUGUUUCGGGCAUCAAGCAAUUUGUCGAGGUUAUUGCUGAAUUUGGUUUUGUACCGUGGGCUCAUAACUCUGCUAUGUUAACUAUAAUAAAGUCGGCUCCAUUUCAAGGUUUGUAUUGCAUGGCUGUACAUUAUGCUGUGUCCCACCUGUUUGAUGGAAUGGAGUUAAAUCAAUGUAAACCAAAUUGCUUUUUCAGUCAUUUAAAUCCAAAAAUUAUUUUUAAAAAUGCCAAUCUAAAUUAAAUCUUUUUAGUCAUAUAAACUAAAACUUGAUUUUAUCUUGUACCGGACAUAACUUUUUGGAAAUAAUCCUUAUUUUAAGUUUGAGCAUUUUUGAACCUGCUAUAUAGAAGCAUUGUAACCGAUGCUGAAGUUUAGCCCAUUACAGUAUGAAGUGCUGAGAAAACUUUUUUUUUUCGUCCUAACUUUUUAUUAACAAUUCGGUUAAAACCGUACUUGUAGAAAAGAUUUUAGCUGAGAAACACAUUAUUGCAAAGUAACAUAAUGCCAUGAUAAAUAUGCAAGCUUUUGCUUGAAUUCAAAUGGAUUAAAAGCUUGUACAUUUAAUGUUAAUUAUUUUCCCAUUGGAUUUAGCCCAGCAGUAACUGACAAUGAUUUAAGUUAAAAAAAAAAAAAUGUUCAUCCACCAUGGCCAGGUACUGUAAUAAAUUUCCUUAGUCAUGGCAACAUCACAAUCUUUACUGUUUGACGAUUGCUGAAGUUGUAUGAAUGCACUUAGAUGCAUCUUUAUUGGGUAAGAAACAUUGCACACAAAAUUGUGCAUGGUAUUUAACGCAUUUUACAUUUCAAGGGAAAAAGUGUCCAGAUUUUACAGUGUAGGUACUAAGAAGGACAGUAAUGGGAUAAAAUCUCUACAGAUAGAGAUUCAGAAGUAGUUACAUCUCAGAAGCUUCAAUAUUAGAAUGUAAACCUCAAGAUGUAACAGCUGACUCCAAGUUACAACUUUUACCUUCAGACAGUUGUUGCAUUAGUAUUGGGUUUGGAGGAUUUAAUUAAUUGAAUGGAGCCUUCCACUUCGCGUCUCGAUCAUCACUAAUCACCAUCUGAUUAGAUAUAUAAGCUGGAAACAUUUGUAAUACAGGAAUUUCUAUCUGGCAAUGAUGAAAAGUGCAGGCCACAGAGAAACUUGCAUUGAUUUGAGAAAAGAACAAAAUGCUCUGUGGAAUAUCGAAUUAGUCUGUACAGUUUACAUUUUGUUUGUGGAAACCGCUUGGGACUAUCGCACCACACAGACUACAUAGUAGUUCAUUUAUUUUAGAAAGGGCUAAAACCCUCAAGGUUUGACUAUCUAACAUCAGCUUGGGUAUCUUGAAAUAGUUCUUUUUCCUUAUGAUUGAAAGUUGAUAGUUUUCUGGAAAAUAGUUCCUGUCUUUGCAAUCAAUAUAAGGAUUAUAGUUUAACAUUUUAAAGUGUAUUCUUCAAAGAUCACUAAUUUCUAUGAGUAACCAAAUUAUUAGCAUUUGUAAUUUGUUCCAAGAACUUGUAUAUAACCUCAAUGUCUCCUUCACACACACAUACAUGCAAUAAUUUGUCAAACAUUCUGUCUAAAUAGUAACUUGAAAAUUAUGCUUGGUAAGGUUGAGGAUUAGUCAUUUUGCAAAAUCUACCUUCUCCUACUAAAUAGGAAAUUCUCAAAGGUAGUAUUUGCACAAUUUAUUCUGGGGAAGCCGAGUUACUGCUGUAUUUUCAAUAUUGGCAAAUAUGGCAAUUUUGCACAAGGUUGAGCAUCUGUCAGUGAAUGAUCUCUGUGUAAAUGCGUAAUAUUCUCAGGGGAAUUGCAUCUUUUUGUCUCCCAAAGCAAGUGUACUAUGUUGGAUUUAUCAUCUUUAUGGUCAGCUAUUUAUGGUUUCUGUUUCAAAUGAUUGUGUCAUGGUACCAAAUGUGGAAGGUUGUUUAAUGUGCAAUGAAAUGCAAAGCAAAUUGUAGUGUUAUCAUGUAAUGUAACACCCUCCAGAAUAUGCCUUGUCAGUACCAUGCAUAAUUUUCACAGGUCUUGUGAAAUGGAGCAUUCUGAAAAAGGUUAUUUGUUUAGUUUGUGGGAAUCUUCUCACCGUACAAAUGUGCAGAAACCUUUGAAUGUAUUUGUAAGAAGCCUUAAUAAAACUAGAAAUAUUGAUAGAAA